AGCAUUAACAAUGAGAAGAGGAAACGUUGCAAAUCUUAUUGUUCAACAAGUAUUGGGAAUUCUAUGCUUGAUUAUGAUAUGGAAUUUGGUUGCAGGGCCAGUGGGUGUAGAUGCUAUAAAUGUACCACCUUGCUUGGGACCUUGUUCAGCAAUUCCCAACUGCAACCAGUCAUGUAUUGACAAAGGGUUCCCCAAGGGAGGUGUCUGCAUUGGAUUCUCCUUUGAGGAUUUGGCCUGUUGCUGCACUCAGUAGAGCUCAAUUCCACCCCCUUUUCUCUUUAUUUUCUUCAUAACUUGUUCUUGGGAUUUCAUCAUGAAAUAAAAUAAACCAAA